UCCUGCAAGGAAAAUAUUCCAGCCUUGGAGCAUCACUUUGGCAGCAAAAGAUGUUUUCUGAUACAGUAGAAAAUGCAGGAAAUUGAACUUUUCAUUCAGAGCUGUCCUAAAAUCCAACCGUGGACAGAAAAAAUACAGCGAUGGAACCUAAAUGACCAUGCUGUGAAUUCGGGUUUAAACUGAAAUUAAUAUCCCAGCUCAGCGUGAGGAAAAAAACCUUAGAUCAGCCAGUAACAACUUCCUAAAAAAAUAUCAGUAUAGCUGAGUGACAGCUCCCCAACCUUGUGACCUAGGAAUGGCCUCUGCAGGCAAAUUCGUGCCAUGCCCUGAGGAAGAUUUGGUUAUUUCUGUGAUGAGGUGACCUCAAAUUUAAAAAAAUAUAUAAAUAAAAAGGACUGACAAAAAAAAAAUCAGAGUGGGGCACCUGAGUUUUAUCACCUCUGCCAGAGGAACCCAAAUUUCCACAGCUGUCACAAGGAAUGUGUAAAUCACUCUGGUAAAGGCACUCAGGAUGAGGGCAGUGGUUUGCACCCAAGUGCACUCAGAGUGCACCCACUAAAUUAAAUCGAAUCCAUUUUGCUAAACAAAUUGCCUGCCAUUCCUUUAAUCCCUCCGAGCUCUAUUUAAAGAGGCUUCCCAGGAAGUGCUGAGCCCAGAUUCCCUGCUCUUCUUCCCUCUCCCAGAUUCCUUUUCCCCCAAAAUGCUGGUGCCAGAGCUUUGGCUGUGCCUGAGCUUUGGCUGUGCUGCCUCCCUGAGCCCCUCGUGCCUGUCAGCUCAGUUCCAUAGGCCGGGGGAUUUUAUCCUGGGGGGGCUUUUCCCCUUUGGGAAGGACACAGUGAACCUGACAGCUCGCUCCCAGCCCACCCUGCCGCUGUGUGAGAGGUUAUUCAUGGACGGGCUGAUCUGGGCUCUGGGGAUGAGGUUUGCCAUCGAUCAGAUCAACAAUUCCAGCUCCCUGCUGCCGGGAAUAACGCUGGGAUAUGACAUGUAUGACACAUGCUUCGAGGCCCUGGUGGCCCUGCAGCCCAGCCUGCUGUUCCUGACCCGGAAUGGCACCACAGGGAUCGGGGUUCUCUGCAACUACACCGAGUACCAGCCCCGCGUCACCGCCGUCAUCGGGCCCCACAAGUCAGAUCUCUGCCUGGUGACAGCCAAGCUCUUCAGCUCCUUCUUGAUCCCACAGGUCAGCUAUGGGGCCAGCAGCGACACCCUCAGCAACACGGAGCUGUACCCGUCCUUCUACCGCACCGUUCCCAGCGACAAGAACCUGGUGGAAGCCGUGGUGCUGCUCCUCAACCAGUUUGGCUGGAACUGGAUCGCCACCAUUGGCAGCGAUGAUGAGUACGGCCGAAGGGCCCAGGCUCUCUUCCUGAGCAUGGUUGGCAACGGCAACGUCUGCAUCGCCUUCGAGGGGCUCAUCCCCACAGACCUGGCCGAGCCCAACGCCAAAAAGCAGCUGGAAGACACAAUUAAAUCAAUUAACAGCACCAAAGUCAACGUCAUUGUGCUGUUUGCCUUCAGCCUGCCAGCCCAGGCCCUGCUGGAGCACAGCAUCAGGAUGGGGCUGGGCAAGAAGGUCUGGAUUGGCACGGAAGCCUGGAUGCUGUCUGACAUCGCUGCCUCCAUCCCGAGCAUCCAGAGCAUCGGGACAGUGUUGGGCUUUGUCAUGAGAACAGAGACAGUCCUUGGCUUCCAGGAGUACGUGGCUGAGCUCUUCAGCUCUGUUGAGCAGGAGGAGUUCUGCAGGGAGUCCAGGGAGCUCAGUCGCCUCAUGAACGCCGAGGUGCUGGACACGCACUGCCGGCAGUGCGGCCACGUCACCCUUGGGGACAUCAGCCCCACGCUCAGGGUGACCACGGUGCAGCCGGUGCACGUGGCCGUGUACGGCGUGGCCCACGCCCUGCACAGAGCCCUGGGCUGCACCGCCAAAGCCUGUCCCAGAACAUCCAUCAGGUCCUGGCAGGUGAGGAAAGAUCUGAGGGGCAAACAGCUGGUUUUUGUCACAUCACAGCCAGAUUGUCCCAAUCUCAGCCCUCCUAAGGGACAACUGAUUCCAGCUUGCAGAAUUAUCCUCCAAACAAGAACGACUGUACCCAAAUCAAUUUUCAUUUCAUUUCCUCUCCAGCUGCUGCACUUCAUGAACACCCUCCCGUUCGAGGUAAACGGCCAGAGCUUCAGGUUUGACCAAUCCCACAGCACAAACACUGGAUACAAACUCAUCUUCUGGGCCUGGAGGAAUGGCACCCUGACCUACCUGCCUGUGGGGGACUAUGACCAGUCCCUGUACGUCCAAAAGUCCCAGAUCCAGUUCCACACUGCAGAUCAGAAGGAGCCCACAUCCGAGUGCUUCAGGCGCUGCCAGCCAGGACAAUUCAGACGAAUAAAAGGAUUCAACCUUUGCUGCUAUGACUGCACAGACUGUCCAAAAAACACCUUCUGGAGCAGCACAGACAGCACCAGCUGCUCCCCGUGCCCGCAGCACCAGUGGGCCCCUGCCCGCAGCACGCGGUGCCACGACCGCAGCGAGAGGUUCCUGUUCUGGGACGAGCCCCUGGCCGUGGCCUUGGUGACCCUGACGGCCCUCAGCACGGCCCUGAGCUGUGGGACAGCGCUGCUCUUCCUGAAGCACAGGCACACCCCGCUGGUGCAGGUGUCUGGGGGUGGCAGGAGCCUCUUUGCCCUGCUCUCGCUGGUGCUGCUGAGCCUCAGCUGCUGCCUGUACGUGGGCAAGCCCAGUGACAGGCUGUGCACGGCGCAGCAGCUCUCCUACGCCCUGUGCCUCAAUGGCUGCUUCUCCACCUUCGUCCCCAAGGCCCUGGAGAUCGCCCUGGUGACAGAGUUCCCCCGCUGUGCCCCCAGGCUCCUGCGCUGGGUGACCCACAGCAGGGCCUGGCUGCUGGUGGCCGUGUCCCUCCUCACCGAGGGCUUGCUCUGCCUCUGCCACCUCCGGCUGGGCCCCGAUUUCCUGGUGGCUGACUACCAGUCCCUGCCCAGCGAGGUGCUGCUGGUGUGUGGCACCAAGUCCUGGGCUGCCUUUUCCCUCCUGCAUGGCUACAACAGCUGCCUGGCCUUCGCCUGCUUCCUGUGCACCUUCAUGGUGCAAACCCCCAGCCAGAGGUACAACGUGGCCAGGGGCAUCACCUUUGCCACCCUCCUCUAUUUCAUCAUCUGGAUCUUCUUCAUCGUGAUUUUUGCCACGCUGAGGACGGUCCUCAGGGCUGUCACUCAGAUUUGCACCAUCCUGGCCACCACUCUGGGGAUCCUGGUGAGCUACUUCAUCCCCAAGUGCUACAUCAUGGUGUUUAGGCCUGAUCUGAACACAGGGGAUUAUUUCCAGAACCUCACUGACGAGGAGCCAAAGGAGGACUCGGUGAACAGACAAUAAACCACAUCCUCUGUCGCCUGCUCCUCAGCAGAAGCUGUUUUUAAGGAGAUAAUCCUGUUUCUGAGCACCCUCUGGCCCCAGGCACAAUCACCACAUGAACUGAGCUGUGAAAGCACAGGGCUCUGCCCAGCAGCUGGAGUCCAGAAGAGCAGGCUCCAUCCUCUCUGGAAACACCUUUCAGCCCCCAAAAGGAGCCAAAAAUAGGCUCAGUUAAUGAAACAACCUCCAGAAAUUGUAUUUUACAUCAAUCUCUUGAGUCUGGCAAUGUCAGCCAGAAGCCUCACCCACACCAUUUCCCUGUAAACACUCCUGAUAAUUUCCCUUUCUUAUUAACCAGGUAACAGCUCCAGAGAUACAUCCAGGAAUCCUUUCCCAAGCCUUGUAAGAAUUUUCAAAUCUAUCCAAUAAAAGAGAAGUAAAAAGAACAUUCUGACAGGU